AUGACGAAUUGUGAAAAGGAAACCCGUUCUGAGGAGGGACAAGUUCCAUUACCUUUAAAGAAUUCAGGAAAGAAGCAUCGCACCACUGGGCUUGUUGUCGUGGCAUUGAAUCUUGCCGUUUUCCUUGCGGCUUUAGAUGGGACAAUCGUGGCCACGGCUCUUCCGCGAAUCGCGGAAGACUUAGGCUCCGGGUCUGGGUAUGCAUGGAUUGGCUCGGCUUAUCUAUUAGCAGUCACCGCUGCGCUGCCCGUCUGGGGCAAGCUCAGCGACAUAUGGGGUCGCAAGGUUUCUAUUUUACUGGCCAAUGCGUUAUUCUUUUUUGGGUCACUCAUCUGUGCCUUAUCAAUCAACAUCGCUAUGUUAAUAGCAGCUAGGGCUAUCCAAGGAAUUGGUGGUAGUGGGCUAGUGAUUUUGGUGAAUAUCAUCAUUAGUGAUCUUUUCCCAAUAGCCGAGCGUGCAAAGUACUUGGGUAUCACGAGCGCAUCUUGGGCAUUGGCAGGUGCCAUUGGGCCGCUGAUCGGAGGCGCGUUUGCGCAGAAUGUCUCCUGGAGGUGGUGUUUCUACAUUAAUUUGCCAUUGGACGCGAUAGCGUUUGUAUUGCUGUUAGCGUUCCUCAAAAUCGACAGCCAAAGAAUGGAUUUCAUAACAUCCCUGAAAUCAAUUGAUUAUUUUGGCAUGCUAGCGAUCAUCGGAGGGACUGUUAUGCUGCUUCUUGGUCUUCAAUUCGGCGGUAUUAACGAGCCAUGGGAUUCUGGAACAGUUAUUUGCCUCAUAGUAUUUGGUGCUGUGCUGAUAGUCGGCUUCCUUUUCAUGGAGUGGCGAGUUACAAAGAUACCAGGCAAAAGACCAAUUAUCCCGCUUAAUAUUUUCCAGCAACCGUCGACACUAGCAAUUCUCAUGGUCUGUUUUCUGCACGGGAUAAUCCUCAUCGCGCCGUUCUACUAUUUGCCACUGUUCUUUCAGUCUGCUAGAGCUGCAACUCCGAUUCUCUCCGGAGUGUAUGUGCUUCCUCUCGUUCUGUCCUCGUCGUUUGCCUCGAUCUUUGCCGGUGGAUUUACCAAAAAGACAGGCCGCGUUGUCGAGCCGAUCUGGGUUGGAGUCGUAUUGUCUACACUUGGUCUUGGUUUGCUCAUCGAUUUGGAUACGAGAUCAAGUUGGGCAAAGUUGAUCAUCUAUCAGCUAGUAUUGGGGAUCGGCAUCGGGCCAAACUACUUUUCGCCAGUUCUUGCGUUGCAACGAGUCGUGAGGCCGCAAGAUAUCGCAAUUUCAACAUCGACCUUAGGAUUCGUGCGUCAGCUCGGAUCCGCGUUAUCCGUUGUUAUCGGGGGCGUGAUAUUUCAAAGCCAAAUGCAGAAAAAGGUAUCAACACUGAGGGAAGCUCUUGGGCCGAGAGCCGAUCAAUUUAGUGGUGCCAGCGCAGCAGCAAGCGUAGAAUUGAUUAAACAAUUGCCUGAAGCACAGAAGCAGUUAGUAGAGCAGACGUACGCAGCAAGCAUUCGGCCAAUGUAUUAUGUGUACAUGGGGCUUUCUGCUGCAGCAUUGCUCACAAGCUUCUUCAUUGAUACAAACAAGUUAGAACAGAAAGCUGAGAAAGAAACCGAGAUGUGUCACGACAAAGCUAGGGAUGAGGAGGAAGGCAAUCAGCAAGGUUGA